AUGCUCUCGGAGCGGCUGAUAGACAGUCUGGCCCUGGCCAAGGUUCAGGCUGCCAUCACCGAUUUUGGAACUCUCAAUGUGCUACUCACACUACUGGCCAUCGCGGCCACGGCCGUUACCGCUGACUAUGCCCACAUGUUGUACCUCAGGUCCAAGAUGCCGCCAGGGCCUUUCCCGCUGCCCAUAAUUGGCAACACCUUUUUGCUUCCCGAGAACAAACCAUGGAUCUACUUCGAGGAACUGUCCAGGAAAUACAACACGCCGCUCAUAACAUUCUGGAUCGGACGAAAUCCCACAGUGUGGAUCAACGAUGCGUGGUGCGCCCACGAGAUAUUUGAGAAGAAGGCGCAGGUCUACGCAUCUCGGCCGCGCAUGGUCGUCUUUGGCGAGCUGGGCACCGGACAGGCCAAUCUGGUGACGAUGCGGAUCCGCAGCAACGAGGAGCGCGACCGCUGGCGCAUCCACCGCAAGUUGAUGCACCUCGGCGUCGGCACCCAGACGGUGCGCGGCUACCGUAAUAUCCAGAAUAACGAGAGCAAAGUCGUCGCCCUCGACUUCCUGCGGGAGCCUACCGAGUAUGUGAAGCACCUGGAGCGCUACGCCACGAGUGUCGUUUCCAUCAUCGCCUUUGGCCGUAGGGUGGCUAGCUUCAAUGACCCCAUCAUCACUGAAGUGAUAGCGCUCAUGCAGCUUGCCGCCGACUUGAACGUGCCGGGGAAGUCGUUCCCCAUGUUGCUCGAGACGUUUCCAAUUCUGGCCAAAUUCCCCCGCUCCAUGCCAUGGUUCAAGGGGCUCGGAACCCGGGGCCAGAAAGGCGGCCAUUAUUUCUUCCACACGCUUGCCCAGGAAGCGGUUGAGCAUUUCGACCAAAAGCCACCCUCGGUACAAGCCGAGAUGCCGACACCUUACGUCAAGACGCUGUUCAGCGAGGCCGAAAAGUACAACCUGCCCACCAACGAGCUCUCAGGGCUGACGGGCAACCUUUUCGGCGCUGGGUCUGACACGUCGUCGAGCACGCUUAUCACUUUUGUGUUGGCGUGCUGCGCGUUCCCGGAGACGGUGCGAAAGGCGCAGGCGGAACUCGACGCAGUCAUCGGGGCGAGCCGAUCGCCGCACUGGGACGACGCGCCCCAGCUGCCGUACAUGAACGCCUUCGUCAAGGAGGUGCUGCGGUGGCGCAGCGUGGCCAUCAUCGGCGGGCAGCCGCACUCGCCGACGCAGGACGACAUGUACAACGGCUGGCUGAUCCCGGCGGGUUCGUGGGUGCAGGGCAACGUGUGGGCAAUCCACCACCACGAGCGCGAGUUCCCAGACCCGGACCGCUUCCUGCCCGACCGCUACCUCGAUGGCAACGAUCACAAGCGACCCUUCCCCGGCGACCGCGGCUACAUGACCUUUGGCUGGGGCCGCCGCGUCUGCAGCGGCCAGGCCCUCGCCGAGCAGGGCACAUGGAUCACCGUCGCGCGCCUUGUCUGGGCCUUCAACAUCACCAAGGCCAGGGACCCGGCGACUGGCGCGGAGAUCGACGUCGACAUCUUUGCCUACACCAACGGCCUCAACAUGCGCCCGCUGCCGUUCCCCUGCGACAUCAAGCCCCGCAGUGACGAGAUCCGCGCCACCAUCAUCCGCGAGGGCGAGCAGGCCCUGCAGGACCUCGGAGUGCACGACGGCGAGAGCAAGUACCGCAUGAGCACCUUCUACCAGCAGCAGAAGCGCAAGCUGGACGGAGAGCCUGUGUUGGACGAGAACGGGAACGUCAAGAUCGUCAAGGUGAAGUAG